CCCGGCCUUCCUUCUCCAUCCAUUCCAGCCAUUGCCAAUCCCCACCUCCUCACUCACACACGAAAUCUCUCAACACCUCCAGCCCUCUCAGCUCAACCUCACCAGUACCAAGCAAGGCAAGUCUCAUGGACGCGGUGGAGUCCUCAUCGCCCUACUCGCCGCCCUCGCUACGCCACAAGCUGCGGACCACCGUCUGCAGCUGCUUCGGCUCGCCUGGCAGCGGCGCGGAGAGGCCGUACACCGGGGGCGGCAGGAGCAGGUGGAGGCGACGCUUCGUCCCCACGGGGGAGUUCAGGUACGACCCGCUCAGCUACGCGCUCAACUUCGACGACGGCAGCAGCGACGACGGCGACGCCAACGCGGAGGACGCCGCCUUCCGGCACCGGAACUUCAGCUCGCGUCUGCCGCCCUCGCCGGUGCCGGCCUCCCGAGCCGUCGCCAUCGCCUGAAGUCCUGAAUCGUAGUAGUAGCGAUCGUCCUUUUUAACCUUUUGUAGCUUCCGUCUCUCUGGUUUUUCUUCUUGUAUGAACGAGACGAAUCACUACAUCUGUAAAAGCAGUUUAUACGGCCGGGGAAAUGUACGUACCGAGGAGUAGCACUAGCAUCAUGUACUUAGACAAAUAGUAUAAGAAUCAAUUAGUCCAUUUUUAA